GGACGAGAGAUGAGAAGCACACAUCUGUUCAGAGAGAGGGAGAAAGAAGGAGUGAAGGACAGAGUGGGCGAGCAAAAGCGUAAAGAGACAGAAGUCCCGGAGGCGAGGCAGAGGAUUUUACAGUAUCCCCAUGUGCAAUAUCUCUUUAUGAUCUGUGGAUUCUGUAACGGUGCUGCUGCUGAUCCAGUGGAGAUGGAAGCUGUAAAAUCACCACCCGGCUGAGGAAGGACGGAAGGUUUCUGAUACAAACUCAGGCGGUGACUCAUAGUGUUGAAUGGUUCCUAACAGAUGCCUUGGAAGUUCUCAGUAUGAAGGUGGUGCUGUGGACCGUGGUGGUACUCAGCCUGUGCAGACUGGAAGGGGUGGAGUCUGCAUCCAAAGACCCUCCCACCACCCCAGUGACCUCUACAGCCCCGCCAUCUGCAACAACCACAGAAGACGAGAGUGCCAGACUGGUGGACUGGCUCACAAAGUAUGGCUACCUGCCCCCACCGGAUCCCUCUACUGGUCAGCUUCAGGCCUGGUCAGCUGUGACAGAAGCUGUGAAAGCUAUGCAGAAGUUUGCCGGUUUGGACGAAACAGGAGUUUUAGAUGAGGAGACACUUAAACUGAUGCAGACUCCGCGCUGUUCGCUUCCAGAUGAGGAAGGUAGUCACAUCAGUCCCCUCUCAGCUGUAGACACUAAGGCACAUUCUCAAAGGAUGAAAAGGGCAGUAUCAGCCUGGACUCGACGAAACAUCAACUGGAGGUUACACUCAUACCCCACUUCCUCCUCUCUGUCGCGUGAGAUGAUUCGCUCAUUGGUCUUCUACGCUCUCAGAGUGUGGGCAGAGCCAACGCCUCUUGAGUUCCAUGAGGUCGGAGGACCAGAGGGGGCAGAUCUCCAAAUUGAUUUCUUGCAUGGUUCCCAUGGUGAUGGAUACCCCUUUGAUGGAGUGGGUGGAGCUGUUGGCCACGCCUUCUUCCCCUCUGACCCUGACAGGGCAGGUGGAGUUCACCUGGAUGCGGAGGAGGAGUGGGCAUUCAGACAGCCAGCAGCCUCUGAAGGCACAGAUUUGUUCACGGUGUUGGUGCAUGAGCUCGGCCACGCCCUCGGACUCCCCCACUCAUCUACACGGCGCUCUGUGAUGCGUCCAUAUUACCAGGGGCCCCUGGGGGACCCGCUCCAUUUCAGCCUGGGGCCUCCAGACCGAGAACACAUCAUUGCACUCUAUGGAAAAAGAAAUGAGCUUCUCCAGACAGACAGUCCUCCUCUAGAGACAGAAGUUCAACUGAAACGUCAGCAUGGAGGCACACCGAGACUCACACACAUGCACAGACACACACACAGCCACCUGGACAGUCAGUCUUUGGAUCGUUGCAACACCAGCUUUGAUGCAGUUGCUAAAAUUCGAGGAGAGACUUUUUUCUUCAAAGGUAUGAGUAUGUGGAGGGUGAAUAGAGGGGGUCUAGUCUCAGGCAGAGCUGUGUCUGUACGCAGACUCUGGGGGGCUCUUCCCUCCUCCAUGCCCCCGCUGCGUGCCGUCCUGGAGAGGCAUGAGGAUCACGGCAUCAUCUUUGUUAGUGGCUCUCAGUUCUGGCUGUUUAAGGACCUCACUCUCCAGGACGGUUUCCCUCAGCCUCUGUCUGCUCUGGCUCCUGAGGGAUCGGACAGGAUGUGGCAGGGCUUGCACUGGGACCCUGAGGAGGGAGUGGUCUGGGGGUCUCGGAGGCAAGGACUGGAAGAAGAAAGCAAGGUUUGGACGGAGCUCAUUGAAGGAGGAGUGAAUGGAAUUAUUACGGAGAACGACGGUUCCAUCUACCUGUUCAAGGACUAUUCCUAUUGGAAGUUUUCCCACCCAGGCUCCGUUCUCGAGGAGGGAUACCCUCGGCCACUGGCCACAGAUUGGCUGGACUGCCCUCUUCCAUCCCUGUAUCACCCCAACGAUAUCUCUCUGACCUCCGCUAUUGGUCAGCAGGAGCAACAAGGGAGGAAAUCACAAGGGACAGUAGACCAGAUCAGACACAAAGAGAGAGACCCCAAGCCUCACUGGGACUGCCCCUGCCUCAACAGAGCAGCUCAGGCCAACAAGGAACCUCAUUUACUGCUGCUCACUCUACUCUUACCCACUCUAACUUACCAAGGCUCCCUGUUGCUUUUCAACUCAUGGCCAAACCCUCUACAGCUAUAGAUAUUUUUACCUCUGACAAAUGCAGUCACCAAAAAAACAUCAUCUACCUGCUUAUUUAUUAUGGAGUGCUAACUAACUGAAACAUGAAUCCAAAAUUGAAAGAGAUUGGCAAGAAAUAACAUCUUCUUCUUACCUACACCAAAUGUAGUUGUUCAGCCCAGUUGCGUUUAACAUUCACUCCCUUAUUUUUGCACUGGAGCUAACACUGCUAACAAGUAAGGAACGCUUUAACCCCACCAAUUAGCACUGAGCAUACUGCAAGCCUAAGUCAUCACACAUUUGCCUCACAAGAUGUUUAGUCAUGUAAUAAUAUUUGUACAUAAACUGUUUAGAAAUUAGUACAAUAAAAAAGUAUUGACUGGCCGUUUUGUGUUGUGAGAAGUUCAAAAACCCAAAUUUUGACAAAUGGAGGGUUAUAUUUAUUAUUUAACACAAGAAAAAGCAAGGGAUGGUGAAUCCUUGUCG